AAAUCUGGAUUAGUGUUUUUUUUUGUUCUCAUUAAUCAUUUUGUCAACAUUAUUUUCUCAUUCAUUUAUUUAUAGCUUCAAUUUAAUAUUCUGACAUUGAUUUGUUUCCAUCAUCUACUUAAUUUUAACCAUCAUUGACCAAACAUUUUAAAGCUCAAUCAUAUUACCAUUGGUAUUUGAUUUCGGUUUUAUUUUACUUCAUUUUUGGAUUAGUGACUUGGUUUCUAAUAUUCAUCUGGUUGUGAUUUGCUCUUUGUUCAAGUGUAUUACCCCGAGAGUGUGUUUAAGAUAUCGUUUAUUUCAGAUAUUAGAGAAUCCUUUGUGAGAAUCGCUGGUGGUAUUUGCAAGUGUGAAAAAAAUCGUCAUUUUUGAUCAUUUUACUCAUUGGAUUGUGACUUUUCUUUUGUUUAAUUGAAUUGGAAAUAUUAAAUUUACCUUGUUAAAUUUUUCUCAAAAUGGCCGAUCUUCUUGGUUCUAUUUUAAAAGCCAUGGAUAAACCUCCAUCAACGACCCGUAAUGAUCAAAGAACUGCUGCAGCUAAAAAACAAGAGGAAGCGAUGAGAAAAAUAGCCGAUGAAGAGAAAAGAAAAUUGAAAGAAUUCAAAGCGUCAAUUGAGAAGCGGGUGAAUGAAUUCAUUGCAGAUGAAUCUAAAUCUUCUUUAAAAUUCGAGCCAAUGGAAAAAGUUCAACGGACAAUCGUCCAUGAUGUUUGCGAUGCCAAUGGUUUAUAUGCUUCUUCUUUUGGACUCGAAGCCGAGCGUCACACUGUCAUCUAUAAACAAGAUGCUGUUCCCUCUGAAGAAGAGUUGGCCGCUCUUCGGCGAGGUGAAAUUUACGAUCCCGAAAAAGCUGCAUUGAAAAAAGUAUUAGAAGCCAAAGAAGAACUUGAGUCAUUGAAAAAGAAAAAAAUUGUACCCGUAACCAAUUAUAGAGAAAAAUAUGAACACCUAAUAGGUAAAGACACUGGUAAAGAAGCGGCAACCAUAGCGAAACCCAGUGAACAAUUUGGUUUGGUACCAACCGCCUUAAAACGAGAUCAAAGGUCAAUCGAGGAAGCGCUAAAUGAUAUUCGGUCAAAGAAGAAACUUAGACAAGAGUUACUAGGAGCAUCGACAAGUGAUUAUAAUUCACAAGAGACCAUUUCAACCUCAAGUGCGUCCAAUGCUCAAGCGGGUAAAGAUGAAGACGAUAGUGAUUAACAAGAAAAUGAAUAUUCUUUGAGGAUAAUUUGUUUCAAAAUAAAAAAAAAGAUGACAAUCAAUUUCUUUUCAAGUAAAAGUAAUUAGGUUUGAUUUAAUUGAAGUAAA